UUAGCCCCAACGGUUGAAGCCCGCGUAGGCACACACGCACACACUCUCUCUCUGUCUCCUCCAUUUCUGAGAAGGUGAAGAAGAAACCUCCUCAAUGUAUCCAACCUCCAUACACGUUCCAAUCAUCAAUCAAGGAUAUUGGCCAACCACCUCCUUGAUCCCAUUCCUCUGACUCCUCUGAAUGAUCAAGGGGGGAAAAGAAAAUCUCUCGAAGACCCAGAUUCAAACCCAAUCCUGAAUCCUCAAUGUGCCUAGUUUCAUGAAAACCCAAAUUUGAUUCAGAAAUCCAUCAUUUGGGACCAAAGCUAUAUGACCCUUUUUUCUGAGUCCUCCAAAAACAGGAAUUGCAAACACCCAGAUUCAAGAAUCAAGCUUAGCCCCAAGCCCUAGCCCUCUGGUACCAAAUCUUUGGGGCACAAGGUUUCUAAAUCGGAGCUGAAGAAGAAGAAAUCAACCAUUUGGGACAGAACCCAGUUGACCCAUUUGGUUGAUUUUGCAUGGGAAAAAGAAGGCACAGAGACUCAGAUUCGAGAACAAUUCCAAUGCCCAAACCGUAGCUCUUUGGCGAACAGGGGAGUCUCUUGAAUUCAGAGUUGAAGAGAAGGAACCCAGAUGCAGGAAGACUUUGGAGACCCUCGUCCAAAUCCGAAUUGAGAAAAAAUUGUUGUUUCUUCUUCUUGUAAUUGUUAUUGUUGCUGUUGUUUCAUGGAACCGCCAUUACCAACCUUGGUGUUCCUAAUCUUUGGCUUUGCCAUUUGCGUUCUUGCUCUCCUUGCCGAAUCCCAACCAGGAAACAUUCCUGCAAGAUCUUUACUCGAGGCCCCACCGCCACCGUCUCCACCGCCCCCACCCCCUCCUCCUCCUCCAACGCCUCCUCCUCCUUCUCCUCCUCCACCGCCCCCACCGCCUCCACCGUCCCCACCGCUUCCUCCUCCUCCAUCGCCUCCGCCUCCGCCACCUCAUUCAGGAUCACCGCCACCUCCAUCGCCACCUCAUUCAGGAUCACCGCAUCCUCUGCUGCAUCAUUUAGGAUCACCGCCACCACACCAUCGGUCGAACGGCCAGGCCGAUAACCGGUCCAAACAUCGCCGAGAAGAGUCCCCGUUUCCUCCUUCUAAGCAGGGCAUUAAUACAGGGAAGAAGGUUGGGCUUUUCUUUGUGGGUAUCGCUGCAAUCCUCCAAAUCGGUGUCGUGGGGUUCUUGGUUUUCAAGAGAAGGCAGCUUUUGAAGCUCAAGGACAGAUAUUAGACUUGCUCUUGAAUUGAAAUUUUCGUUCUCUCACCAAUUCUUUCAUUUCCGCGGCACGCAUUGUAUUUUGGAGGUUGUAUCGGAUCGCAAGUCUUUGCUUAGUUGAGAGGUUUUAUUGGAUUCAGAUUCUUUGGUGGGUGGUGGGAGGUUUCAACUUGCGGAUUGAUUGCAGCACGGGGCAUUUGUAAAUGUGGUAAUAAUUAUUAACUGGGAAUUUCUUUCAUCUCGAUCUUCUGAGUUUGUGUUGAUUUUUUUUUUUUUUUUUGGAUU